GUUGCGUCGUGCUUUCGGCUUACUGAAACGAUUCGACUGUCUUGAAGCCGAAGUCGGAGAAGCUUUCACCAUCCUGUCAUUGGAAACCGUGACAUCUCGUUGAUCGCCAAUAUCCUCAACGAGAGGAAUGCUUGAUGACGUCGUAAGCGUUGAACCUUGAAGACGUUAACGACAAGAACGUCUCACGACGUUCUGAUAUUGAGAUCAAUCGAUCUCCGGUCUUAAAGUUGCCGAAGCACGACAUCGCGCCUCGUGCUGCGCCAGCGAUGUUCACCACUUCCUAUCGACGAGAAUCAACGAUGUUAUCACGCGUCACCGUGAAAAUAAAUUCCGGUGCUGGCAAGCUCGAUCGAUGCUGCUAGUCACUCAAGAGGAGAGAGCCGCAUCGCGAGGGUGGCAGAGAGGAGAAGGGGAAGAGUAGAGAGAGGGUGAGUGAGUUAGCGUGAGGGUGGUCGGGUGAUAGCCAUUGAGAGUGGGUAGAUAUGAGAAAAGGGGGGGAAACACAGAAAAGAAACGAGUGAUAUUGAGACAGAAACGAUGUCUGAGAUAAUGGCGAGAUAAAAGUUUGCGGCAACCUUGUAAUGCUAUCAAGUUUGCUGAGGUUGUUUUUGCCGGACGUGUGACCUUUCCCUUAUGGUUCACGCGUCGUUGGUCGAUGCACUCGAUAGCUGGAUGUGAGCUGAAUGACCCUUAAAGCUCACCACGAGCAGCUGCGACGAGAAACGGUCUGACCGCCAGUUUAAACGUAAUAACCCCGAAACACAUUAGAAUAAAGACUGAACGACAAUUUGAAGCAACAUCGAUUGGCAGCAAAUCGAAAUCAAAUAUGCGACGGAAAAGGAAGCACAAUGACUAUAGAUUCUUAUAAAAUUCGCAGGAUAUAGCGCGGAUGAACUUAUCCUUAGAAGACACUUAGAAAUGAACAGCUCUUCGCGUUCACCGGUCAAGCGAAAGAUCGUGUUGGAUUUGAACAAGCUUUAUCUCGAGUUCUCGUCCCGAAUUCUCGUCUUUCUCGAUAUCAACGUGCUUUUCAUGCGAAAAUUCGAUACCCUCCGUGACCUGACGAUCAAAGUUUAACAGAUUCGAGAAACAUAUUGAGCUGUUGAAGACAUCAAGGUCUCGCGUAAUACCGGCGGUGAAGGCACUUAGAAUGGGCUGCAAAUCAGCAGCAAAGUUCAAGCUGGAGGAAGAGACGACCGUGUCGUCGUCGUCGUCGUCGUCGUCUUUGUCAAAAUGUAAGCGCGCAGUCAAGCCGUUGGUCGAGCAGAAGGCGAUCCAUGAGCAGUGCGGCGGUACUAACGGCGUGUCCGAUCCCGAUGACGACGGGGAAGAGGAAAAAAGAAACACAGCCACGCGAUUAAUCCCAUUCAAGAGGUCGUUCUCGUCAGGUAGCGGAACGUCCGAAAGCGCACGCAACAGCGUUACCAGGUAGCUAUCAGACGAGAAUGCAGAGGCUGCGUACGACCUUCAAGAGGUCGCGCACUCCUACGGGAGCAGAGAUGAAGUCUCAAUCUAGCCUCGAGGUUCCCAAGCAGAUCCGCUCGGCUUCUUUCGACGAGAUACAGCUGCAGCCAAAACAGCAGGACGAUGCCCGGCCAGCUUCCUCGCCAUCCGUAUACUCUCCUCUAAACCAGGAUUCGACACGCGGUCGGCGAUCGUCCACUCUUAAGGUGCCACAACUGCAGACUGGCCAACGCUCCAAGAGCUUCGACGCGUACUCAGCGAGCUCUGGCUCGUCCUCCGGCAGCCAACUACUUCCCGUCGGAUUCGAGCGGCCGGAAACGCCGCUCAUCCAGGUCUCCGGUUGCUAUCACUGUGCCUGCGUCGAAGAGUACAGGAGGCUGACCGAGGAGGCGUCCAAGGACGACACCGAGACCGGCGACUCACGUGGCGAAAUUGACAACAGCACGGAUAUCUCCGAGAACGAGUCGGAUCACGAAGACGAACCCAAACGAGAAGGCAGUCCGGAAAUCUUGGUUACUCUGACGUCCGACGACGAGCAGGUGCCGCAAUGCGUCUCACCUACGGUAGACAUCAUGCCCGAGGCGCACCCCGAGGUCAGAAUGGAAUUCCCGGAGAGACAACGCAGGCUGUCCAGACAAGAGGCUCUGACCUGCUUCCCCCUGGAGUUACCUUCCGCAUCGAACGCGAGGAGCGAGGAAGAGAUGACGAAGAUGACCUCCACCGAGACGGAGGACGACGACGACGACGAAGAGAACUACGUGGACGAGGCGUGCAAGUCCAAGUUCAUCGUGCGGGACAUUUUCUUGACUGUACCGGAGCUGAAGAGAGAUCGUGCCGCCUCCGUGGACUCAUGUUUCAAUAACAAUAAGAACGGCAGCGGCGUCACCGACUCGGAUCUGCUGGCGGUGCCGCAGCAGAGCAUCAGAUCGAAAAGCGUCGACAUUGUGUUGCCGACGGACGUACGGACGAGGUAUACGGCGCUGCUACCAGGGAAAGAACGACGACCUUCGACAGGAGGGAGAGAGGAAGGUGACACGAGCAGUGAUCAACGCCAGCCGCGGUCGACACCAGAUUGGGGUUCACAUGCGUGUAAUGAAGAACACCUUUGGGUGCCAACCGCCGCGUCCGGCGAUUUCUGUUAUGUCAACGAUUGUUCCAAACAUGGACCCCGGUUGAAGUGUCCGGUUUGCCACAUUGUAACCCAUGCCUGCUGCAUCACGAGUUUAGAAUUUCCGUGCAAACCGAGUUUCCAUGAUGUGAGCGUGCGUCAGUAUCGCGAGCAAACGACCACUCACCACCAUUGGGUUCAUCGGCGAUCCCAAAAGGGUAAAUGCGCCAAUUGCGGCAAGUCCUUUCAAUCGAAGCUCAGCUUCGGCUCCAAGGAGAUUGUGGCGGUGAACUGCAGCUGGUGCAAGACCGCCUAUCACAACAAGGAGGCGUGCUUCAACGUCGAGAAGAUUGGCGAAGAUUGCGAAUUAGGUAGCCAUGCGUCGAUCAUAGUACCACCCUCGUGGAUUGUAAAACUUCCUCGGAAAGGUACUUUUAAGAGCAGCCUGAAGAAAUCCCCGAGGAAGAAGAAAUCCGUCGAUGGGUCCUCCGAGCGACGGAAAAGAAAAGACAGCGAUAAGGAAGAGGAGAAAGAGAAGGAGAAAAGUCAGGGGAUGCUGUGGGUCAUCAAGCCUAUACCCACCGCCACAGUGAAGCCGGUUUUGGUCUUCAUCAAUCCGAAAUCCGGCGGCAAUCAAGGCGCGAAGUUGCUACAAAAGUUUCAGUGGCUGCUCAACCCGAGACAGGUCUUCGAUUUAACGCAGGGUGGUCCGAAAAUGGGAUUAGAUCUUUUCAAGAAAGUUCCUAAUUUGCGCGUCUUGGCUUGCGGCGGCGACGGUACUGUCGGUUGGGUCUUAUCAAUCCUGGAUCAAAUCGGUGCAUAUCCACCGCCAGCGGUCGGCGUCCUUCCUCUAGGCACCGGGAAUGAUCUGGCGAGAGCGCUGGGAUGGGGUGGCGGUUAUACGGACGAGCCAAUCGGGAAGAUACUGACAAGUAUAGGUGACAGUGAGACUAUCUUAUUGGAUAGAUGGCAAUUGGAAGUCGAGAGAAACAACAAUGCUCAGAACGACGACGAUGGCAACAAGGGCAAGGAGAACUUACCGCUUAAUGUUGUUAACAAUUACUUCUCCCUAGGGGUGGACGCUCACAUCGCUUUGGAAUUUCAUGAAGCCCGAGAGGCCCAUCCGGAGAAAUUUAACUCCAGAUUGAGAAACAAGAUGUUCUACGGCCAGAUGGGUGGCAAGGACUUACUACGAAGGAAAUGGAAAGACCUUUCGGAGUUUGUCACGCUGGAGUGCGACGGCCAGGACAUGACGCCGAAAUUAAAGGAACAUCGAGUCCACGCCAUUGUGUUUCUGAAUAUUGCCUCUUACGGCGGUGGAACGCGUCCAUGGGGUGCAGGUAGUGGCACCAGGGAACCCGCCAUGGACGAUGGUCUGAUCGAGGUGGUUGGUUUGACCACGUACCAAUUGCCUCUUUUACAAGCAGGUGGACAUGGCACCUCUAUAGCGCAAUGCAGUAAGGCCAAGUUGGUGACAACUAGAACUAUACCGAUGCAGGUGGACGGCGAAGCUUGUCGUCUGCUACCGGCUACCAUAACUUUAAGUCUGCUGAACAAGGCCACGAUGUUGGUCAAGAGGAGAAACACGGGGAAGCCACGUCAGGACAUAGCGAGAUUGGAGAGGCUGAAGUUGCCUGUGCUGAAGAUAAAGAUGUCGGAUUACAAGACGUAUCAUCACGAUAAAAGCAAGUUGAAAGAUAUUGCAAAGCAGUUUCUGGCGGAACCGCUUGAUUUGGAUGCUACGACCGAUUUGGAAACGCUAAGGAAACUCUUGGCGAAAGAUCACAACAUGGAUUCUUGCUGUUUCGUCGAUUCGUGUACCGCGGAAAGAUUCUUCAGGAUUGAUCGCGCCCAGGAGCAAUUGCAUUACGUGACGGACGUCGCCGCAGAUGCCGUCUACGUUCUUGAAGAAGACGCUGCCCAACAAACUGAGGGUCAAAUCAUUGUGAGUCAUGAGAAGGAAGCAGCGGAAACUUGUCCAUGCGACGAAGGUUCGAAGGAGAUGUCAGCCGUGACGGAGGAGGAGAAACAACCGAUCUCGGGUGAUACCAAAGGCUCACAAGAACUGGAGCAGCAUGACAUCACGGAGAAAGAUAGACUCUCCAAGCAACUCGAGAGCGGCCUACCUGUCGAAGUAGAUAGUUCGAUCGCAAAUGCGGUCAAGCCAUCGACUACGGCGAGUCGAAGGAACUCCUUCUUGCUGAUGAGCGGAGUGCCUAAUAAGGAUGAGGACAUGGAGUCGGACUUUCCUGUAAACGGUGAGCCCCGGAAACAGGACUCUUCGGAGCAUCAGGCUGAUCGACCCAUCACUUUUAUCAGUCCCCGCGACAGACUCUUCGGGCUGAGCUCGGGAGUCCAUCGGUUCAGCACCGGGUUACUUGAGAAAACCUGCGACGGAAUACUGACAGCAGCGAAGAUCGGCGAUCUUCUUGCGUUGAAGCAGCUUCACGAGCAGGGCUACUCACUCUUGUCGAUCGACGCUAAUGGUCAAACGGCGCUUCAUCUCGCGUCCAAGCACGGCCACAAAGAAAUCGUCAGGUAUCUCAUCGCCUGCGCCCCACCAACGAUUUUGAAUAUGGUCGACAAUGACAAAGGACAAACCGCUUUACAUAAAGCAGCUCAGAACAGACGUCGUUCCAUUUGUUGUAUGCUUGUGGCGGGUGGCGCAGCAUUGAUGGUCAAAGAUCGGCUUGGACGCACGCCGCGAGAUCUUGCGUUGAUCGCGGAGGACUGCGAUCUAGCAGCGUAUCUAUACAGUCAAGAACAAUUUCAAUUGGUGACGGACGAGCAUAUGGAGAGCAUUCUUUGACCAACAGCGUGGAUCGUCCGAAUCGUCUUGAAGCACGACGAAAGUAGAACAACGAUCGACUUAUCGUCGGUCGUCAGUCCUGCGAUAUCUUUGCAGCAUUUUCUCUCGGCGACGUUACGUAAGUUUCUCGCCCGUGAUAAUCUAAUUAUUCUCGUUCGAUGUGUGGGUGUGCACAUGUCGGCGCAAUUACGUGUUUGCCAAACGUUGUUCUUUUGUCUUUUUUUUCUCGUCGAUUACUACAAAGUCUCUCUUUAGAAGCGUAUAUACACAUCCAACUAUCGCAUAUAUAUGAUUACGGUAUAUGCUAGAAUUAUAUAUACAUAUACAUACACCUAAUGACGCACUUAGCGAUUUUUAAUCGACAACAGGCCCUUAUUUUUCUCACUUGUGAACUUACCUGGCUCCACUUGCUUCCUUGUAUUCGGCAAGGUGGACCACACUCAGGCCGUGGAGCUUUUAGAAUGCUCCUGAGGUGAACGAAUUUAUUUCUCUCGCGCGACAUUUAAUGUCGCCAUGAUUCAAAAUGAGACAGUCGAUUUUUUUGAAUGUGUGUAUACAUACAUAUAUAUAAUAUAUACACGUACCGUAAAUUUUUAAAAGAACGUCACAAACUUCUGUGAGGCUAAGAAAAUAAAGAUAGUAAAAAAGAAUUUCAGCGGGCAGUUACUUUCUUACAGUUGAAAAAAACGAGUGUGUCUGUUCACACACAACGGGCCAGUCUGCGAUUGCGAGAUAUUUAAAUAUUCUGUGCCAACUGGCUGAAAUCAUAAAGGAAUAUUAAUGAUGAUGCCAAAUGAAGAUUAACUGUCUCACGUUGGAGCAUGCGCGGAAACUAUAUACGAACGUUUAUGAUCUCCACUUGAGGUGGGUGUUGUAAGCAAGUCCAUUGAUAAUCUAUUAGUUUAAAAAUUGUGAAAGAGAACAAAGGAUAAUUUUAGAGAAAGAACGAUAAGAAAAACAGUGGUAAACAUUCUAUAAACGAUACCAAAAUGUAAAAAGGGAACAACGUACGAACACCAAUUAGUAGUUAGAUGCGGUCUAUCGCUACUCUAUUGUACUGUUACUAUACUAUUAUAAUUAUUUUUCUGUCGAACCGCGUUACAUGCACAGGAUGUCCCAGAUCUAUUCUUACGUAGCGUUACGUCUCACGACGAUUAAACUGAGAGAAAUUGGAGCGUCAGCUUCGUCGUAAGUCGAAGAAUUUUGGCGAAUUAUUUAUUACGAAUUAUAUACGAUGCUUUUCUAGUGGAAGAUCUUCGAUUCUCGCCAAAAAAGGAAAAAUCUAUUCCCGAAAGUUCACCGAACAGUUUGUAGAUGCCGAAAUAUGGCGCGAAAUAUGAACGUCGGGACGUCCUGUACAUCGACCUAUAUACAUACGUGUAGAAUUUUGGAAAAUACAUACGCUCAUCGCUUGGAUUCGCGUAUAUUCUAUGAGAAGCUCAUAAGUCGAUACGAUCGUGCACGCAACGAGUAAGUCUCCUUCAUGCGUCUUAACCGAGCCCUAUUACUUAUCGAUGAUACGUCUGAUUCUCCGGAAUCUUGGUUCACAUUAUAUCGUAUUUUGAACACGUGUCAAGAGACUCGGUAGCGACAAGUAUAUUGUCAUUAUAUAUAUAAAUAUAUAUAAAUAUAUAUAUAUAUAUAUAUAUAUAUAUAUAUAUAUAU